AGUGGUAGGAAAUUGAGAAUACUUAAAAAGUGCGAAUAAAGAAAAGGUCACGAUUGCAGUCUGCGCGACGGACUCCAAGGAUUUCUUGCGGCGAAAAAUCGAUGAAAAUGUAGCCAAUAAGAAACACCGAACACCGCAAUGCGAUGAGAAUGCACAACAAUAAAUUCCCAUUAAAUUAGUGAAGGCUAAUAUUUCGCCCCGGCAUACGGGGCUUCGUCAGAGCAAAAGUAAACGGCCUAAAAACGAUACAUUAGCAAAUUUUAAUGGUCCAGGCACUGUGUUUUUUGAAAAAAAUUUCCUGAUGUUUGUCAAAUUUGAAAACCUCGUGUUCAUGCAGCGCGAAUUUGAAGAGGAGGGAAACGGCCUAAUUCACGGCCGCAUGGAUGACAAUUUUCUUAUUUGAAGGAGAAGAUUACCUUUUCCACUAGGACGUUGUUAAUCAGACAAUGAUAUAAGCAAUUGAUGUAGUGAAGACAAAGUCGCUAUGAGAGUUGUAGGCCUAAUAAGUGGUGGCAAGGACAGUUGUUACAAUUUGAUUGAAUGUCUAAAAGAAGGCCAUGACAUUGUUGCACUAGGGAACUUGAAGCCAGCUGAGAAAGAUGAACUUGAUAGCUUCAUGUUCCAAACAGUUGGGCAUGAUGUCAUUGACUUGUAUGCUGAUGCCAUCAGAUUGCCAUUAUUCAGAAGAACAAUAGCUGGAUCAUCAAUUUGUCAAGAACUUGACUAUGAUUAUAGUAAUGGCGAUGAAGUUGAGGAUCUUUUUCUGCUGUUGAAAGAAAUCCAGCAAAAUAUUGACUUUGAUGCAGUUGCUGUUGGUGCGAUUCUAUCUGAUUAUCAAAGGAUCAGGGUUGAGAAUGUAUGUUUACGUUUGGGUAUCAAAUGCCUUGCUUACCUAUGGCGAAGAGAUCAAGAUGAGCUAUUGCAGAGUAUGAUCGAUGGAAAAGUCAAUGCAGUUCUAAUCAAAGUUGCAGCUUUAGGUUUGUAUCCACAGAAGCAUUUGAUGCAGACUAUCGAAGAUAUGCAAAUUUCCUUACGGCACAUGAAUGCCAAGUAUGGACUGAACAUAUGUGGAGAGGGAGGAGAAUAUGAGACAAUGACUCUUGACUGCCCAAUAUUUUUGAAGAGAAUUAUAGUAGACAAAUCAGAAAUUGUUAUUCACUCAGAUGACGCUUUUGCCCCUGUUGGUUAUGUGAAAUUCAAAGCUGUCCAUUUAGAAGACAAAGGCAUGGACCCAAAUUUAUCACUGAAGCAGCGGCUGAUUAAAGGAAUCCACGAAGACGGGAUAUUUAAGAAACAGGAGAGCGAGGUGAAUCUAGCAAGCACUAAUAACAUUAGCAGAAAAGCAGAAAUGAAACUCAAUAUUAAAGAGCUUGGAAAUCCAACCGUUAAAAAGUGUGGGAGGCGGAUUCAUGUUCAAAAUUUGUUUGCGGAAUGCGGGGAAAGUGAAAGUGUACAGGUGGCAACUCGAAAGGCCCUUCAAAAUCUAAAAGCGCUGCUCAGCGAAAAUGGCUGCAAAAUGGCAGAUUGUGUACGUGUUCACCUAUUUCUGCGUGAUAUGAAGCUCUUUGCCAGUAUCAACGAGGUCUACAAAGAAUUCUUCUUUGUCAAUCCGCCUGCGAGGGUAUGUGUGGAGACUCUGAUGCAACCAAAUUGCCUGUUUUGUUUAGACUGCUACGCAUUGACCAGUGGUGGUGGUGACGAGGACUGUGAAGGAGCUGAGAGGAAAACCCUUCAUGUGCAGAGUAUCUCACACUGGGCACCAGCAAAUAUUGGCCCAUACAGUCAAGCUGUUAAGAUUUGGUCAACAAUAUUUGUCUCUGGCUCAAUUGGCCUCGAUCCCGGCUCAAUGAAGAUGGCCUGUGGAGGCGUAGAAGCACAAGCACCACUUGCGCUGCGACACAUUGACAGAAUCCUCGCAGCAAUACACACAUCAACAUCAUUGCCAGACGCCAUUAUUGUCACGUGCUUCGUCGUUUCAUCCUCUGAUAAACCUGCCGUGAGGCAAGCAUUUUGCGAGUAUCCUAUCGACACAUCGUCGAUGAUCUUUGAAACGGUGGAAAUUGCUGGACUACCACGUGACGCACUUGUGGAAUGGAGUGUUGUAGCACAUAGGUGCCAAGAAAGAAACAUCACUGUUCAACAGAUCGAAAAAGCAAUUGGAAAUGCAAAAAUUACGUCAAAGGCGUGCUAUUGUACUUGUGGCAAUGCUGGGUUUCUGUCAGCUGCAGUCACAUGUGAACAUCCCCUUGAAAGCCUUGAUUGGCAGGAGGCUGUUUCUCAAACGAUUGAUGUGCUUAGAAGAAUCACCUUGCAAAGCGGAUCCAAGGAUGAUCUGAUAACGUAUCAGAUUUUCUACAAUGUCCAACUGUCAGAAAAUCUAGAAUACUUUUUAGGAUUAUUGAAAAAAACUCACCAAAAUGAGGAACCUGCAACCACUCUCAUUGGAACCCAAGAUAUAGAAAAACCGUUGCUAAUUUUAGGACAAUUAAAAUAGAAUUUUACUAAAGAGGUCAUUUCAUGAAUUAUGAAAUCUUUUGCGGAUUUGAAAUGUAUAUCACUUUUUGUACUGAAAAGCUGUAUUCUUUAUUGCUCCACCAUAAAAUAUGAUUUAAUGUGCAUAGAUAUUGUAAAGAUUUUGUGUACAAAUGCUUUUUAACAGUCUAAUUAUAAAGGAAUUUAUUUAGAGACAGGUAUAUAUAAGUAGCAGGGCCUCCUGUUAGCGGGGGGUGUUAGUUUUAUGGUCCCCACUAUUUGGAAAACAAAAUAGCUUAGGCUCGGGGGGGGGGGGUAACUAAACCUAGUU